AUGAGCGGUAGUAGGGGCAAUAGCAGCAAUAGUAGCGUCAGUAAUAAUAGUAAUAAUAACAAUAAUAAUGACGGGGGCGACGAGAGAUUGCUGUUUCUAAGAAGCGUGGGCGAACGCAAUGAAAUUGGCUUUCCCUCUAGAUUCAAGUCGGCGCAUUACAAGAAACCGACAAGAAGACACAAAUCAGCGAGGCAGUUGAUCUCGGACGAAAACAAGCGGAUCAACGCCUUGUUGACCAAGGCUAACAAAGCUGCAGAGAGUUCUACUGCUGCUAGGCGACUUGUGCCCAAAGCGACGUACUUUAGCGUGGAAGCGCCACCGUCUAUCAGGCCUGCCAAGAAGUACUGCGAUGUUACUGGGUUGAAGGGCUUCUACAAGUCGCCUACGAACAACAUUCGGUAUCACAACGCAGAAAUCUAUCAGUUAAUCGUAAAGCCGAUGGCCCCCGGCGUCGAUCAGGAGUACUUAAAAUUGAGAGGGGCCAACUUCGUUCUAAAAUAG